AAUCAACAGCUGAACAAGUGCAAAAGAUUACUAUUGUGAGCGAGGAACUCAACAAUGAUUCCAAAUAUGAAUGUUUGAACACAUUUAAAGCUUCAAGAAUCGAAGCGCAAAGUAUCACUGAUCCCAGCAAAGGAAACUCUCAUAGAAAAGUGGUGAAAAAAGUUUAUAAGCAAAUGGACGUUGCCUGCCGGCUUUACAUACUAAAAGAAUUACAAACAUGCAAAUAUGUCAUCAAUUUUCAUGGUAUUUCGCACGUGGACAGAGAAAAUAUUUUGGUCUAUGAUUGGGCUGAUGAAGGAAGUUUGAAAGAAUAUUAUGAAAAUAAAUUUAAAAAAAAUGAUCAUUAUUCAUGGAAAUCUAAACUUCAAAUUGCACAUGAUAUUUGCCGCGGGCUCAAUGUUUUAUGUUUUAUGGGAAUUUUCCAUCAUGACGUUCGUUGUGAAAACAUUUUGCUGACCGAAAGAUUAGAACCAAAGAUAACGAAUUUCGAACAUUACCGUAUGACAUGUCAAGAAACAACUCGGAUCAAGAGUCCAAUGGAAAUGUAUCCUUGGAUGGCCCCAGAGAAGAUGCGUGAUAAGCCUUAUACUCAUAAAUGUGAAGUUUUUAGAGAAACUUUAGAUUAUGAUUUCGGGACAUCAGAUAUUCUCAACGGUUUUAGACAAAUUAUUAAAAAAGACUUGGAAAACUUAUAUGAAAAAUACAUUAAAGAAGGGUUUAAUCCAAAGAAUGAUGACUCUACAACUCCUGAGAUGAUAAAUUCUAAAGAUUAUGGCAAUCAACUUAGAUCAGAUGAUUUUAAAAAUCCUGCAAUUCAUCCUAUUAUUCCCUUAAAUGAGGGAAUUAUUGCAUAUAAAAACAAAGAAAUGCAAAAGGCUUAG